GAGUGUUGUGGUGAGCUGUGCGUGCGCCGCUCCGCGCACACGGAUUCUAUAUUACAUAUAGUCGAAGACACAUUAAUCGGUUCAUGAGUGGCAGUGAGGUGGCGUGGUGAAUGAGGACCCCUCCCCACUCAUCACCUUCAGACGCAGCAUGCCUACGAGCAUGAUGAACCUGUACGAGAACGCUUGUCUGCGCUGCGGGAGAACCGUGUACCAAGUGGAUCGCAUCGGCCCGCUAAAGGACUUCACUUUCUUUCACACGGGAUGUUUCAAGUGCAGCGUGUGCUCGUCCAAACUCACCCUUAAGACGUACUGCAACAACCAGGAUGAUCAGGAUGACAAGGAGGUGUACUGCUCAUCCCACGUGCCCAAGAUCGGGCCGGGGCAUCUGGACGGGGAGGCUGUGGGUAUCCGAUCCGCCCUGAACGUACCCAAGUCUGCCCACUUCGUCAACGAUCAGAUCCGGCCGGGUGGAAGACCUUCCAUUGACGGGGAUUCCAUCGUGUUGAAGUCCCCGUACACACACAAGGGCGGCAACGGCAGCGGCAACGGUUCAGAAAACGGACACAAUGAUUACAAAUAUGGCCGCUUCGACCACACGGCGCUGCACAUCGCCCAUGCCCUCAACGCCACCAGGAUUCAGCGCAUUUAUGAUAAGCCCAUCAAUCAGUAUCUGGACGUGCAGGAGCAGAAGAUGAUGGAGAUGAAGCACCGGAUGGAGGAGGACGACCUGUACAAAAAAUUCGCGAAGCAGCGGCGGCCGAGGGAAGCCAAGAACGAGCACUUGAAGGAGGAGUGGGAGACGGAGCUCGAGAAACUCACGUCGCAGUUCGAGCGUGACCUCGCCAUGAAGAAGAGGUCACGCGAGGAGUCCAAGGUGCUGACCGUCCGCCACCAGAAGGACCGGGACGAACUCGAGAAGCACAUGACCAUCAAGCGAGAAGCCAAGAAGGAGAACCUCACGCGCAAGAUGCUGGAGCACGAGAGAGCCGCCACCGCCGCCCUGGUCGAGAAGCACAGCAAGGAAAUGAUGAGACUCAUUCAGGAGAAGCGCUCGGAGUACCUCGAGGACGACGACGAAGAGCUCGAACACUACCCAGCGAGCCCCCCUCCCCCCCAGCCGCCCCCCCAGACCAAGCUCGACAUCUACACCGACCCGGAGGAAUUCGCACAAGUCGAUCAGCUGGCCAUCCAGGUCGCCCAAGAGGACCAGAAGACCUUCACAGACCUCGUGCGGAUGCUGGUGGGUCACUGCAGCUCGGACGUGGAGAAAGCUCGAACCAUCUUCAGGUGGAUAACCGUCAAGAACCUCAACUCCAUAACCUUCGACGACUCCGCCCACGGGGACACGCCCAUGGGUCUCCUCAGGGGGAUCAAGUAUGGCACGGAGUCCUAUCACGUGCUCUUUAAGAGGCUUUGCAGCUACGCGGGUCUUCACUGCGUGGUGAUCAAGGGCUACAGCAAGUCGGCAGGAUACCAACCGGGCGUCAAGUUCGAGGACAACCGCUUCAGGAACUCGUGGAAUGCGGUCUACGUGGCGGGGGCGUGGCGGUGCAAUUGGGGGGCGCGGCACCUGGUCAAUGCCAAGGAGGUGCCCAAGCCAGGAGGGAAGAGCAAGAGCGAUAGUCUGAGAUACGAAUACGACGACCACUACUUCCUGACGGACCCCAAGGAGUUCAUCUACGAGUUCUUCCCGCUGCAACCCGAGUGGCAGCUCCUGAAGGCGCCCAUUAGCCUUCACGAGUUCGAGGAGCUGCCCUUCGUUCGCUCUCUCUUCUUUCGCUACGGACUCUACUUCCCCGACGAGCACACGAAGGCCGUCAUGUACACCGAUUCUACAGGCGCAGCUACCAUCCGGAUCGGGAUGCCCAGCCACAUGCAGUCCUCCCUCAUCUUCCAUUAUAAUCUCAAGCUGUAUGAUUCCGACAAGGACCAGUACGACAGCGUGUCCCUCAAGCGCUUUGUUAUGCAGAGCGUGGUGGGCAGCCUCGUGGCCUUCCGCGUCCACGCCCCGUGUUCGGGCGCCCUUCUGCUAGACAUCUUCGCCAACGCCGUCACCCCGCGCGAGUACCUCACCGGGGAGCCCAUGAAGUUCAAGAGUGUGUGCAAGUUCAAGAUCGUGUGCGAGGACCUGCAGACGGUGAUGGUGCCGCUGCCGGACUGCGCCUCGGGCGAGUGGGGCCCCGCCAAGGCCACGCGCCUCUUCGGCCUCGAGCCCAUCACGCACCAGGACGCGCUGGUGUUCGCCGGCCGCGACCUCGAGCUGCAGUUCCACAUGACGCGGCCGCUCACCGACUUCAUGGCCACGCUGCACAAGAACGGCUCCGAGGAGAAGCGCCUCAGCAAGUACGUGAGCCACCGGGUAGCCGACGACAUCGUGACGUUCACGCUGAGCUUCCCCGAGGAGGGCCAGUACGGCCUGGACAUCUACACGCGCGAAGUGGCCGGCUCCGACGCCACGGGGCCCACGGAGAAGCACCUCCUCACGCACUGCUGCAAGUACCUCAUCAACUCCUCCAAGCGAAACUAGAGGGCGCUGACCCCCUCCGCUUCCACGACGAGAACCCCGGCUGCGUGUCCAACGGCGGGUGGGCGGAAAAGGGCGUGCUGGGACGUCGAGAGCCCGAGAGCCGCCUGUCAGGAAGUCCCAAGGAUUUAAGGAGAAGGCCUCGGGC